AUGAGCUACGGAAGCCUUCCAUCCCUACCGCCAUUUUUGGAGUUACCUGGCAAGCCUUACAUUCCAUGGGCGCAAUGGCGCCGGAUGUUCGAGAAUUAUUUGGAUUGCGUGGCGGACGCAACGUUAUCUUCGAAGCGUAAGAAAGCUUUACUGCUACAUGCACUAGGUACGGAAGGCCAACGGAUUUUCUUCACACUCCCGGUACCUCAAGUCACCGCGAGCCCUUCAACUGACAAGAAGGAAGAAGCACGCGAUCCCUACGCAGAAGCUAUAGCCACGUUGGAAGCUCGAUAUGCAGAAACUUUCAACGUCAUCGCAGAACGACGCAAGUUUCGCCAUCGGUCUCAACUUCCCGGUGAGACGAUCGACGAAUUUGUAACAGCAUUAAGAGGCCUUGCUGCAACGUGCAAUUUCGGAAGCACACUUGAAGAGGUUAUCAGAGACCAAUUGGUGGAAAACGCAAGUCUUCCACAAGUUCGUGAACGCCUCAUGAUGGAAGGUUCCAGCCUCACGUUGGAACGAGCACUAACCCUAGCCAGGUUCAUCGAACAAUCGAACAAUGAGGUGCAGCUGAUGCGUGGUGACACGCCAGUUGUCCAGCGACUCACGAAGGCUAAAGGGAAACAACGUAGCAAGCCACCCUCAACUCUGAAAAGGAACUUCGCUGGGAAAGCCUGUUACCGCUGUGGGUCAACUACUCACCUCGCGAAUUCCACUACGUGUCCGGCAAGGGACAAGGAGUGCCGUAGAUGCAAGAAACGUGGACAUUUUGCGUCGGUAUGUCGGUCGGCUGCUGGAUCAACUAAUCAGAUUCAAGUUCAAGAUAGUUUGGGCCAGAAGUUUGGACUUCCAGAUCUUAGCUGCACUACGGUACUGGAGUUAGGACCUCCUCACAAGAACGCAAUUUACAUCACCGUUACAGUCAACAAGAAGGAUAUCAGAUUCGUGGUUGACACCGGUUCUUCAGUCACAAUUUUAUCCAGGGACUUGUACGAAGCGCACUUUGCUGCGGAUUGCAAGUUGGAAGGCACGUCAAUUUCAUUGCACAACUACUCGAAGCAACGAAUACCAGUCCUGGGGUCAUUUUUUGCAUCAGUCACGUACGGAAGCCGCACUUCCCGCUUACUUCUCUACGUCGUUCCUGAAGGCACAGCUCUUCUAGGUCUGGAUGGCCUUGCUGCACUGGGUAUCUCCAUUGAUGGACCAACACUACAGUGCCUUAGGACGUCACUUAACCCUGCAAACCUACAGGAUCUUUUGGAGACCUUUGCGCAUUUAUUCUCGCCAGGACUUGGACUUGCAAAGGAUUACACUCAUCGAGUUAAAACAAGAAAUGACGUCGCACCUGUGAGGGCGAAGCUACGCAGGCUACCGUUUGCACUACGUGAAGAGGUUACCCAGGAAUUGGAUCGCCUCCUCAAGACGGACGUAAUCGAGCCCGUCACAGCAUCCGAAUGGAUAUCACCUAUCGUCGUUGCCCGGAAGAAGGACGGGAAGAUACGCCUCUGCGUGGACCUUCGAGGACCUAACAAAGCAGUCGUCGUAGACGCUUUUCCUCUGCCUACUAUCGAUGAAUUGCUCUACCAACUCGCAGGCGCCAAAGUAUUUUCUAAGCUCGACCUUACGGCAGCUUAUCACCAGGUCCUGUUGGCGCCUGAGAGUCGCGAUCUCACUGCCUUCAUCACUCACAGAGGACUGUACCGCUAUAAGCGAGUCUGUUUCGGCUUGGCUUCAGCUCCGUCGGCUUUUCAAAAAAUGAUGUUUGACCUCUUCAAGGAUUGCCCAGGUGUCAAAUGCUAUCUCGACGACAUUAUCGUUUUCGGAGUGAAUGAGCAAGACCACUUGAAGAAUCUUCAUCGUGUCCUUCAGCUGAUCUCUGAUGCAGGACUCAAACUGAACGACAAAUGUGUCUUCGGAGUGCGAGAACUGACUUUUGUUGGACAUACAGUCAGACCGAACGGCAUUUCUCCUAACCUUUCAAAUCUUCAGGCGAUACAAGAUGCUGCUACCCCGGACGAUAAGAAGACACUCUCUUCGUUUCUGGGAAUGAUGGGUUUGUUGCAGCUUUCUUUGUGUGCAUCGUAA